AUGGAAAGCCGACAUCCCAGAUACGACAACAGAUUGAAACUAAAUGAACAGCGGGCGACUGCGUGUAAUAAUAUGUUGGCAAGUGAACCGGCCUCUCGUCUCCGGAAACUGUGA